GCUAACGAGACGGAGGAGUACUGCUCAAAAUUUAUCGUUUUAGUACGUUCCUAACCUUAAACGAGCGGAUAUAUAGUGUGGUAUUCUAUUAAGAAGACGUAUUUAGUUUUUACAUUAUCAGUGCUGUUUAUAAGUAAAGAGCUAGCGAGUAUUUGUGGGCGCUGAGAGCCAGAUUAAAGUUGAGUGCGGGAUAGCUACGUCACCAAAGUGAUAGCGUUUGGCUCCACAGUGACAUGUCCACAACGUCACGCCUCAGUUUCAGAAGGCUGCGAGAAUACUUAAUUGUCAAUGGAGAUAUUUCAGCACGCGAGAAAAACGUGUAUUGAUGUGAUGGUGUGACAACCACCCACUACUUACAAAACGAGCCUCACGUACAACACGUCACACCGUCCCUUACAUGACUUAGUGCUCAACACUGACCCAGUGACAACAUGCAUUAAUAUCUUCCUUGUGCCAAAAGUUGAAGCGUUUUGUAAGUUAGUCACUUGCAGUAGGUAAACUGCGAGUUAGUUAGAGCCAGAUGACCAAAACUCUAAGGGAUCGUAGCACCAUGUUUAACAACUUGCGUCUGAGGCCUUCGUUAUUUCCGUGAGAUUCGUGCACCAAGAGUGUAUACAGCAACUCCGCUUUCCGUCCUCCUUCUGCGCCUCCAGCGUGGCUCGGGAUGCCCCCUCUUCCCCCUGCGGUGUGACAUGUGGUGGUGCUGUUCGCUCUUCAACUGUGAUAAAGCCGGGAUACUCCGCGCUGCCGCCCCUCACAACCUUUGGAACCUGGCGCCCAACCCACUUAGAGCCAAGAAAGACGCCGUCCACCCUAGCAGCCUUAAGACGGCCACCUCCUUCUGCGACUCCGGUGACAGGAGCGGGCGUGGCAGUAAGAGGAGUUUGAGGUCGCCGCCCGUCCAGCGUCAACGUUGUGUGCAGUUGGAAGGUGGUGACGGCGAGGCGGAGGGGGCGGGGGCCAACCAAGGUCGGUCCGCCCCCCGCCCACAGCCGCUUACACCCGACCACAGGACCGACCCCAGGGACAUUGUCCUAGAGGUCGACCCCAUCAUCCGCGUGACGACGGGGCCGUCCUCGCCCGAGGUGCCGCUGGUAGUGGUGGCUACGGCAGAGGGCGGCACCCGCACACACGCCCUCAACCGCACACGGAGCCGCCCCGCCCACCCACCCGCCUACACCCAUAGUGCCUCUACCGGGGAACCGCUACCCAGGACACACACAUAUCAUAAAUACGGCAGUGCCAGCUUUGACCUGGCCAAGCCUAGCGGUUACGAAGGAGCCCGCGCUGCCUUUCACACCUCCCGCAGUAGCUUUGAGGGCGACCGGCGGUUGUCCCUGAGUGCCGCUGGCUGCACGGGAGCAUGUGAGAGCACCCUGCCGCCACCAGCCCUCGACAAAAGCCCUGGGUCAGUGCGAUGUCUGCCAUCCAUGGACGCAGGGUCUCGGCCAUGCAGCAGCAGUAGCAACAGUGAUAGGACGCUGCAAGAGAGUCAGCCCCCCCGGGGUGGUUUCCGCCGCAGCAGGAGUGAGAGGGUGGGCGGGUCCUCGGCUGGCACCUCCCCCGCCCGCAGCGAGUCCCUCAGAGUGAGCCGAAGCCGCCCUCACCAUCAGGACGUUGAGAUGACCGAACUAUGCUCCCCCAGGAGACUGCACUCCUACGAUGAGUAUAGCAGUAGACUGGCACCGGAGAGGACUGUGAGCCCUGUAGGAGUGUCCGGAGGUGGGGAGGGUGUAGUGGUAGGCGGGGGGUUGUCCUCCGCGCGCUACACUUCCUGGAGAGCUGCAGGCGGAGCGGGGCGGAGACAGUCAUCCCUGGAGAGCGGGGAGCUGGAAGAUCUCAUGGAAAACCGUAGACACGUGGAGCAGCAUCGUCUCCUCCUACAAGCAGACUCCACCACACCAUCAGACGAGGAUGAAGAACCCAGAAGCAAAGUUCGCUAUAAUGAUAUGGGGUCCUUAGAACAGGUUAAACCCGACUGGAGCCGAGAGCAGUCGAGCCUACCCGAGUGUGGGCUGAGAUUACCACCAGCUAACACUAUAUCACCGGAGUUUAGGAAGGUUGUGGUUCCAGACAAUCAAACAAUCUCUUGCUUAAACAAUCAAGACUCGUCGGUGUGCAACAGAGCACAACCCCAGAUCAGCCCCCAGGCUGAUCGCACCAACCAAGAGUUCAGCCCCAGAUCAGCCCCCAGGCUAAUCGCACCAACCAGGAGUUGA